GUUGGACGUGGAAUUGCGUGGAACUGCGACUGCUAUCGACUACCCGACUACGACUACCAUGGGCGUUGUGGAUGGAUUCUACGAGGGCUGCGAAAUCUUUGUUACCGGCGGCUCAGGUGUGGUGGGCAAGGCGCUGAUCGAGAAGCUGCUACGCUCCUGCAAUGUGAAGCGCAUCUAUGUGCUGCUCCGCACCAAGAAGCAGCUGAGUGCCGAGCAGCGUUUGGACAAGCUGCGACAGGCCAACAUCUUUCAGGUGCUGCGCCUUCAAAAGCCUCAAGAGGUGGACAAACUUGUUGCCAUACCAGGUGAUGUCUCGCUGCCCCAGUUGGGCAUUUCCUCCGAGCAUCGCCAGCUGCUCUCGAAUGUCUCGAUUGUGUUCCACUGUGCGGCCACAGUGCGCUUCGAUGAGCCGCUGCGCAUCGCAUUGCGACUCAACGUGGGCGGCACCUUGGAGGCCCUUAAGUUUGCCGAGCAACUGCAGCAGCUGCGCAUUUUCGUGCACGUCUCAACGUUCUUCAGCAAUCCGUACCUGGAGCGUGUGGAGCCCAGGUACUAUUCUUCGCCCAUGGACUGGCGUCUGUGUUUGCGUCUGUUGGACGAGAUCAAGGAUGACGACGUGCUAGAUGCUCUCACCUCCAAACUGACCGUGGGUUUCCCCAACACAUACACGUUUACCAAGAACCUCGCCGAGUCCCUAAUCAAUGACUACCACACUCGACUGCCCGUGAUUGUCUAUCGUCCCUCAAUAUUGUUGUUUGCUGUGCGUGAUCCGUUGCCGGGAUAUGCACCCUCAUUGAUGGGCGCCAUGGGUCUUUUCUCGCUGGUGGGCGCCGGAGUGCUGAAGACCGUCUACAUACGCAAAGAUGUGCAUUUGGACAUUACGCCUCAGGACAUGGGAAUCAAGGCUUUGUGCUACUACGCCUAUGCUGGCUGCGAGGCCUAUCGCAAUGGCGCUCCGAAGGAUUUGAUCGUCUAUCAGAGCUCCUCCCGCACACAUAUUCCGCAUACUUUUCUCCACAUGGCUGAGAACAUGGACGUCAUCGAUCUGUGGCACAAGGGCGCCUUCUUGAUGAACCUGUUGGCUCCCGGCUGUCAUUACACGGACAAUCGCUUAGUCUAUAAAUUCCUAGUGUUCACCAAACAAAUUAUACCAGCUUUGCUUGUGGACAUGCUUCUGAGGCUCUUCGGACGUCCGCCAGCGCUCAUGCCUAUCGCGCGCAAGUCCUAUCAAACGCUGGAGGUGAUGAAACCCUUCAUGUUCAACAACUACGACAGUCCCGGUUGCACUGAUAUCGACACCGUUCUAGACAUAAAUCGAAACACGGAAUUUUGUCUGUACGAUGAAUAUCGUUAUGCGCAUUCGGAGGAACGUCUAAUCACCGCUUGCAAGAACAUGAUACUCAGCAUUCGACACGAUUUACUUGGCGAGAGUCCACAGACACUGCCACGGGCUCAGAUCAUUUUGCGCAUCAAGGAACACAUCAAUAUUGCCGUGCGCCUCUAUCUGCUCUAUAAGCUCUGUUGCUGGCUCUGGUAUUCCUACCUCGUUUAGCUGCUCGGUCGACUACAGGGUUAUUUAUGCUACCCAAAUCGCUGGGAUAGAUAUUCUUAGAUCUAUCUGAGGCUUUAUCUGAUAUAGUACUUUAUAUGGGAGAUAUCGGCUUCGGUUUAUCGAAGGAAUUGCGCAAAUUUUUUGGUUUUUUUUUUGUUCCUAGUCCCUAAGCUGCCAAACAAUAUUUUGUAUGCAAAUAAAAUUAAAUGUAUCAAAAACUGACCUGACUCUGACCCAAUGGAUGACUCUGACGCAGGGAUCCGUAGCGCUUGAUGACCCCGGAACCGGAACGCGAACGGGAUAGAUCAUUGCGUGAACUGGUGUACUCGGGAAUAUUGUGCAGCGAGCCCUGAAAUCAUUGGAAAUCAUACAGAGUGAGGUUGGCGGGGAUUCACAAGACUCACAUACCUGAUAGAGGGCAUCGGGUCGAUACAUUGUGCCGCUGGCGCUGUGCUCACGAUGCGAAUCACGCAGCGGCAUCAACUGCGGCUGGCUGGCAAAGGUCCUGGUGAUGUCAUCGUUGCUGUUGCUCUUCACCACCGUUGUGCUAUUGUUCACCGCCUGUCCAUUGAGCAAUCCAUUCGAGUUGUUGUUCUGUGCAAAUAUCGGAUUAAAUCUCUUUUGUAAGUGGACACCUGUUGCUCAACUUACCAGUCCCGGCUUGAGGUUGUGUCCUACGCUAUUGGAACGACAGAGUCCGUUGCCACCGCCUCCGCCAAUUGUUGGUGUAUCGUUACGUUGCGGCAGCUGCAGAUACUGAUCUGUGACGGGUUUCGCCUUGAGCGGUUCCAGCUCAGCGGGCGUUACAUUCUGAUCCUUGAUGCUCGAUUUGUUGCCCAACUUGGCGGCCUUGGGCUGUGGCGCCUCCAAUGGUCUAAACAUUGCACCAAAGAUGAUGCAGUUGAGCAUCAAGCCGCCAAUGAUGAGCAUGGCACCACGCCACCCAUAGCUAGCAAUCAGCGUUUCCGUCAGC